UUCAUGACCUCCGUCAGGAGGCGGAGCUCAGCGUCUCGUUAUCAACUACAGCGCUUGCCCAGACAUGGCGGCUCCUGGCCCUGUGACUCCGGAGGCACCCUUUGAAUCAUCGCAGCCCCCAGUCAUUGAGGGCUUUAGCCCCACCAUGUACAGAAAUCCAGAAGGCUUCAAGGAAAAGUUCCUUCGCAAGACCCGCGAGAACCCAAUGGUGCCCAUAGGUUGUCUGGGCACGGCGGCCGCCCUCACCUACGGCCUCUACAGUUUCCACCGGGGCCACAGCCAGCGCUCCCAGCUCAUGAUGCGCACUCGGAUCGCCGCCCAGGGCUUCACGGUCACAGCCAUCUUGCUGGGUCUAGCUGCAUCCGCUAUGAAGUCUCGACCCUGAGCCUUUGUCCUGGCCUUGAAAGCUCCGUAGAGGUGAUUCCAAGACCCAGGAGCAACCACCAGCCCUCUUCUCCCCCUGACACGCCCGUGUGUCACUGGGGGAGGAAGUGGCUGAUUGUGUAACCUUUAACCGACAGGUUUUUUCAGAAAUCCCAGAUUCUGUUGUUUGGAUGUUGCAUACUUCUAUUUGUGCCACACCUUCUCUACUCCCAAUAAACUCUAAUCCACUUGUA